AUGAGUUCUUCUACUAAUAAACGUGUGAAUAAACGUCCAGAUUACGGAAAAGAAAACGAAAUUUGUGACAAUACUCCAUUUGUUUGUAACAAUUCAAGUCAAGUCCAUGAUGCUAAAGUUGCCAUGCAAAGGAGGAAAUCAAUUUUGAACGAUAAGCGAAGUAGAAGCCAAACAACACCUUUACUUGACAUUUCUAAUGUGUUUUCAACAAGUGCACCAUCUUCAAGUUCACAAGAUUUUAAUUGUCAUGUGGACAUCACAACUCAAUCGCCAUUAAGUGCUAUAACAGAUAUUAGUUUCGAUAAAGAACAUGCAUCAAAGAUAGCAAGGCAUCAACGAAAACUUAUAAUUGAAGAGAAACGAAGUUCUGCGUCUACGCCAUGUCCUCUGUCAACAGAAGUUAUACAACCUAUGAGAUUAUGUAGUUCAUUUACAUCAAAGACACGUGUUAUCCGAAGUAAGCAAGUCCUUCAAUCGGUUUCAAAGAGAAUAAUUCCAGAUGACAAUGAUGUUGAAGGAAAUGAUAUGCACGUCGACAGCAAUUUAAAUUCCAAUGCGCGAGCAGAAACAAUUGGUCCAGAAGGUUAUUCAGAUUUGGGAGAUCCCACCUGUGUUUGCGAGUUCUGUGGAGCACAAAUGUGGUUUGGUGAACGAGUAAACAAGCGAAAUAAGAGUGGAAGACCAAAGUUUGGGAUGUGUUGCAUGCAAGGAAAAGUGCAAUUACCUUUACUUAAGCGUCCACCCCAACUUUUGGAAGAUCUAUUGAAGAAGAGACAUAGUAGAAGUGCGCACUUCCUUGAUAAUAUUAGGGGGUAUAACAUGAUGUAUUCUUUCACUUCUAUGGGAGGUAGAAUAAUUGCACCAACUACUCAUGGGCGUGGUCCAUAUACAUACAAGAUUGGAGGUCAAAAUCAUCACCUGAUAGGCAGUUUGUUGCCGAACGAUGGAGCACGUCCUAAAUUCUCUCAACUAUACAUAUAUGAUACUGAAGAAGAGGUUCAGAAUAGGAUGAGUGCGGCAAGUUCUAAAGACCCAAAUAAAUUUGAAGAUCGUGUCGUUGCACAAUUGAAGGAUAUGAUUGAUCAGCAUAACCCAUUGGCCAAGAGUUUUAGAAUGGCUAGAGAUCGUUUCGAAUCAAACAACGGCGAAGACUUAAAACUUAGGCUAAUUGGAAGAAGGGAUUCUGAUGGAAGGACUUAUAACCUUCCAACAACAUCCGAAGUGGCCGCGCUUAUAGUUGGAGACAUUGAUACAGCAGAUAAGAGGGAUAUGGAUAUCGAGUAG